GGAAAAGAUAUAACAACUACUAUAAAUGCUUAAAAACUGAAAUCAUGUAUGGACCAUUGUUGACUUUUAUUGUUGACAUCUACAUUUCAUUCUCUAUUUUGUGAAUAAUUCAAGAUUUUUAAAGUAUAACAAAUAAAUAGCGAUGAAAUGAACGCGAUAGUUGGUUUGUGCCAUUUUUGUGAGGCCCACGGCCCGCGACCCUUGUUUUGUACGUUCACGACUGAUCAUGAUAAACAUACAACGGAGUCGUCAAAAUCUGGUGUCCAAUGUAGUGGCUGUACAUCACUGGGGCCCGAAACAGUGUAUGUAUCCCGGGAGGAAGAUGGUACGAUAUAUUGUAGCAGAGAAACUGUUCCCAACCCGGAUGUUACGUCUUUUUUAAGACAAGCAGCCAUACGGAGCAUAACUUGUGAGGUAAAUUGGAGCAAAGAAGGUGGUGUCGUCUAUUUCAAUGACACACACGGCCAUGUUUUGAGCCUCACAUUUCAGUUGAAAGACACCUGGGCCAGAGGAUUGAAGAGAUGGUUCUCUAUAGUAGUACUUAUGAAGGAUAAGAUGCUGUUAUUGAAUCUCACUCCACUGCUGUCUGAGCAUAUGCAGAAAAUAUCAAAAGAGCUGCAGGAAUUAGCAGAGGUAGUGUUCGAUGCAGAACAAAAGGUUUGCUCUCAAAGAGCUCUGCGACUCAAGACAGGCAGGAAUGACUUUGUGCAAUCUCGGUCUCUCAUGCAUUUGACAGGAGAUGACAAUGUAUUCAAAAGGCUACAUUCACAUUUUACAUGGAUGCUGAAAGCUGGUGCCCACACUUAUUCAGAAACAUUAUACACAAGCCAAGACUUGCUCAAGAAAUUACAACCACAGAGCAUAAAGAACUCCAUAUUUGAGCCCGGAGCUUGCUCAGUAUCUGAUGACAAAGAAUGUGUAUCUAUAAGAUCAUUAGAAAAGUUACUAUCGCCUGCAAUUUUUAGGAUCCUCAUGUAUUGUACACUGACGGGGAUCUACAUUGUUAUCAAGACAAGUAAUAUGGAAGCAGCAACCAUCAUAAAAGGACUUUCCAGAUUGUUACCUAUAAAUAUAAAGGAUAAUCCAAGAUUACGACAAAGUAAAAGCGAAGACCAUAUACCUCCCAUUGUAUGCUUUUUAGAAGAAACUGAAAAUAGUAAUUUUAGUAUCAAAUGGGUGGGUACAAUACCAGUCAAAUGUCCCACAUUGAUGAAUAGAAUCGAGAGUUCAAUGAAUAAUGAUAAGUUCAGUGAUGGUGUGUUACAUCAACAUAUCAAAUCUCUACAAUUAGAAUGGCUAGGAAUAGCAAAAGCUGUAAAAUAUGCUGUAGAUGCAUCUGGAAGUAAAUCUGAUGCUGUAACGAAACUCAAGCAAGUAUUUGGAAUAGCACAACAUGAUGAACAGUUGUUGAAUUAUUGGAUGAGUGUAUUUUGUAGCUAAGUUAAUGUCAAACAUUACUUUUUACUGUAGAGAUGUCUGUGAUAUUUUGUUAUAUAUUGUCUAUUUAAUUUUAUAGAAUAUUUUAUGAAUAUAAAAUAAUAUUUGUUAAGGUCCAUCAGAUAAUAAAAUGGUUAAUGCAUAGCUGAAGUAA